GAAAUAUGAUCCCAAUAUUCAGCCUCACAGGCACCUCCGCGCUACAGGUUAGAGACUAGGAACAGAGUGAAGGGGCGGGGAAAUAAGAAUCAGCCAAUAGAAAGGAAAUUAUAUACAGACAAGUGACCAAUCGGGGCCCAGGAGAUGUGUAUAUAAGGAGGACGCGGCAGAGCAAAGGUAAAUAUGUUGUUACACUUGUGUAUCGGUGCGAGUUUAGAUCUUAGAAUGGCCGAGACCGCUCCUCCGCCGGCUGAACCCGCCGCUAAAGCCAAGAAGAAGCAGCCCAAGAAGGCAGCGGCUAAAGCCAAGAAACCCUCCGGUCCAAGCGCGUCCGACCUCCUAGUGAAAGCCGUGUCCGCCUGUAAGGAGCGCAGCGGGGUGUCCCUGGCCGCUCUCAAGAAGGCUCUGGCUGCCGGAGGCUACGAUGUGGACAAGAACAACAGCCGCCUCAAGCUGGCUCUCAAGGCCUUGGUCACUAAGGGGACUCUCACCCAAGUCAAAGGCACCGGAGCCUCCGGAUCCUUCAAGCUCAACAAGAAGCAGCUGGAGGGGAAGGACAAGGCGGUGGCCAAGAAGAAGAAGCCCGCGGCGCCCAAAGUCAAGAAACCGGCAAAGAAGGCGCCCAAGUCCCCAAAAAAGCCCAAGAAGGUCUCUGCAAAGAGUCCCAAGAAGGUGAAGAAAGCGGCGGCGACGGGCGCCAAAAGCCCCAAGAAGCCCAAAGCCAAGAAGGCGACUAAGAGUGCGGCUAAAAAGGCCGCCAAGCCCAAAGCUGCCAAGAGCCCGACUAAGAAGCCCAGCAAGCCUAAAGCUACGAAGCCCAAGGCGGCCAAACCCAAAGCAGCGGCUAAAGCAAAGAAGGCCGCUCCUAAGAAGUGAUGUGGCCCCGGGGCCCGCGCAUUGCACCAAAGGCUCUUUUCAGAGCCACCACCUCCUCCAGCUAAAGAGCCGAUACCUGUACAUGACACGGAUUAUAAGGGCCCGUGUUCUUUGUUUCGCCGCAUGAUAAUCACUACCCGACUCUAUUCCCAUACAAUCUGAUUGACACUAUAAACUCACAGUAGCCCGACACUUCGGGUUUAUUCUUUACUCGGGAGGAAUUCUAUGUGGGUUUUUAUAUAAAAGGAUUUCAGGUCCUAAUGAGGAAACCGCGGUUUUUUUUUUUUUUGUCUCCUUGUCUUGAAUCUGCCCGUUUUGUAAAAUUCUAAACCACCACCACUAGGUGUCGCCCAAUCACUGAGGCUCAUUCCCUCAUUCACACACGGGCUAAAUAUUAUAUAUAUUCAUAUAAUACACAAAAGCCAUGAAUAUCCUGUAAAUUAUAUCCUUAUAAACGGUGAGUUCUGAUGUCAUCAGUUAUAAACGGUGAGUUCUGAUGUCAUUUCUGUCACAUGACUCAU